UAUGCUCUGAAGAUCCACAACUCUCAAGGGACGGGAUAAAUUUUUCUCACAAGCUGCUCGACUUGGCUAAUAAUCAGAGUGAACAUCUUUUGAGCCAAGCGCACAGGUUCCUUGGUGUAUGCUAUGGAAACGCUGCAAGAAGUUCCAAACUAGACUCUGAACGGGUUUUACUUCAAAAAAAAAUCUCUAUACUCUCUAAACAAAGCCGCAACGAUGGGCAAGGGUGAUCCGGAACCAGAUGAUGUAUAUAACUUAAGCGUUGAGAAUGCGUUUCAAAGAAACCUUCAAGCGGCUUUGGAUGGCGCGGUUGAGUAUUCUAUUGUGGUGGGAGGAGUUUCGACUAGAGGAUGGAAACAUUUAGCUGCUGUCCUUUCAGCGGAGAAACGGCUCAAGGAUGCUGAAUCUAUUCUGGACUUUACCAUGGAAGAGGCUGGUGACAUGGAAAAGUUAGACCUUCUGAAGUUGAAAGCUGUGCUUCAGAUGGCUCAAGAACAACCUAAGCAGGCGUUGAAGACAUGCAGUAACUUUCUGGCUCUAAUCCGGGCGCAGGAAAAGUCUGAACAAUCCAAGACUCUGCUAAAGAAAUAUGAAACUGAAGCUUGGCAAGACCUGGCCUCUGUCUAUGGAAAGCUAGGUUCAUGGUCAGACGCAGAAACAUGUCUAGAGAAGGCAAGAUCCAUCUGCUUUUAUUCUCCCAGAGGCUGGAAUGAAACAGGUUUGUGUCUCGAAGCUAAAUCACUUCACGAAGAGGCUUUGAUAGCCUUCUUCAUGUCACUCUCGAUAGAUCCAGACCACGUUCCCAGCAUUGUUUCUAUAGCAGAGGUUAUGAUGAAAUCCGGAGGUGAUACACUUGCAACCGCUAAGAGUUUUCUGAUAGAUCCAGACCACGUUCCCAGCAUUGUUCCUAAGUGAAUGUUACAUGCACUU